UUUCAGAUAAAAAUUCUGAACAAAAUGGCAUGUCUUCUCAAUAAACUGCUGGAAGAUCCAAACCUUUUCGCAGACAUUGCUAGUAAAUUAAAGGGCGUGAACCCCCCUGUGGGACUAGACGAGGAGGUGUGGCAGUUUAGAGAGGAACUCCCUCUUCAUCUCAUUAACUAUCUCAGAGACUCUACAGCAAAGAUUCUUUCCUGCAACAUUUCCAAGCAGACCCCAAGCAAGGGAAAAAGAACAGGAAAGUACGAUUACAAUUCUCCUGUUAAACCGGUUUCUAAGACUGACCAGCCCAAUGUUAGAAAGAAGGAGAAGAAGAAAGUUAAACUGUUUCCGUCCAGUAUAUCUGUAAAUGAUGGUAUUGAGCUGGAUAGUUUCUCAAGUAUAGAUGGGGUUGGUGAACUACCUCCAACCCCACUCAGACAAAAUAAACUCAAGUCCGACCGAACCAACGAAGAUAGAGACCAUAAGAAGAUAUUCUCGAAACAAACCCCUUCUCCCCAACCCUUUAACCUAGGAGACUUUCUCAAUCCUGAUUCCACAGGUUGGAAAAAGUCCGGGUCUAGGAGUCCUAAAAAGACCAAAAGUCGGAUAAAGUCUAGUACUCCGAAUCCGGAGAGUUUUAUGUCCAGAUUGGAUCGUAUUGAGGCCGAUGUGGGUAGAAAGCUUGACCUAGAGAGCAAGCAUAUGUUCCCUUGUAUUGGAGAAGGAGAAGUAAAGAAAAGAAUAAAACCGAUAACUCUGACAAGUGUGACAGGAACGGGUAUACCGCCGGGUAUGGGAAGAAUACCAAAACAUUCAGGAGGAGGAGGGUCGGGGUUCAGCUCAUCUUUUUCUGUCGUGGAGGUGGAGAGACAAACUUUCGAUGAACGAGGAAUGAUAAAGGAAGCUGCCCUGAUUACUCCUUCAAAAGAAGCUCCCGGGAUAACUCCAAACAAGUUGGCUUCUACUUCAAGAAGUAGACCAGCUCCUCCUUUAGUUCAACCUGAUCCUGGUUGUGUAACCUGGAAGGAGCAUCUCAACCUUCUUAUCUCUCUGUACUCUCACAUUAUCCUGGAGAACCUGAUGCCGAACCUGACCGUAGAACUGUAUUUCCUGGUGGAGAUGUUCCUCUUAGAGACCGGAGAAACUGAAGAUUCACCAGAUGUAGAGCAGAUGUUUUCUUCAGUUCACAACUGCGUUUACUUCAGUAUCAAGGUGUUGGAGUUGAUCAGCACCUGUCUGCAGUAUUUGGACAGGUGUACCUUGAGACAGUUGAUGGAAAACUCGAGAAUAAAAUCCUUCUCUCCGUCCCUGGCAGGUCGGAUAGAGGAGUUCUACUCAGAUCUCCAGGUUCCCAGUCCCAGUACUAAACAAAAACUUAGUGGUCUACAGAACGUAAGCUUCCAAAGUGAGACGGAUAAUAGGUUCAACUUCCCUUCAAACACAUCCUUUCAUGACUUCAAGAAGCAAAGAGACAAGUUCUAUGCCUUGAUAAGAAGUUGGAGUGAUCACUCAAGAGGAAAAGAAUACGAUUUUCCCUCAGACUUUGGAUCUCAGGUUGAAGAUGUUUUGAAGAUGCAUAAUCAUAAUGUUAACUAUACACACUUCUGCUCUCUCUUCAUUCAUCAACUUCUAGUCAUGUGCAGGGGUGAGGAACCAAGUAAGGUGAAGGAAGGUUUAGGAAGGAACCAGCAAAGUCUGGGCAAGAACGAACUCUCACACAUCCAGAAGCUUGACCCGGUCAAGUACGCCAGACUAGCUGCUCGGCUGAUAACUCCCGGUCAACUCGGAGGACCAUGCCCCCCUCCAGCUUUCUCAGGUGCCUCUGAGUUCUUUAGGGACUUCAUUCUUCAUUGUAACUCCCCAAGAUUUCUUGCUCAUCUCAAACACAGUUUAAUAUUUCAAAUUCUCAAGAUUGAGGGGAAACAUUUCGGAGUAGAGGAUCAAAGCUUACUUAUUAGAAGUGACGUCAGUAGGAUCAGUGAGAUAAGUGUGACAGAAGAUAUAUCCCAACCAUCAGGUCUAUUAGAUCCUCAAACCAACCAGACAAUUCAAUUCUCAAUACUAACUCUCAGAGUUCUUGGCAAAUUUCUCGGGUUCGUUGAGUUCUUUCCUUUUAUAUCCUCUCUAGAUUCUCAGAGUUCUAGAAACCUUCAAGAGGAAGAUCCAGUUCUAUUGAUGAGAAAAAAAUCUCUUCCAUCUAUAGAUAUUAUACAGGUAUUGAGUAGAGCGGAGAAGAAAGGACGAUUAUGUAUAUCUCUACCCUGGAUACUUGAAUACCUAGUACAGAUGGAUCCUGUAUCUCAUCAGAUACAAUACUACUCAACAUUAUCAAUGCAUUUGAUCCAGAUAUACCAGCAUGUUUUGAAACCUAACGAUCAGAUGAUAUCACCUAGUCUUGGGUUUUUUCUCAGUACGUAUAUGGGUUGGCUACUGGAGAAGGAAGAUUUCCCCCGGGAUCUCCUGAUCCUGGCAAGGUUUGAACCAUACCAGAUACUUAACCAGGACGAAUCCUCUCUAGAUCGAAAUCUAUAUAUACCCCAGAGCCUACUCUACCGAUGCUGUCCUUGGUUAGCGGAAUUAAAGGUUCUGCUCACCUCCCCCCAGCCUGGUAAUAUACAGGGAGAGAAGGAUACAUAUCGAAAGAUAACUCCAGUAUCAGCUCCAAGUCAAGUCCAGGAUAGACAGACUGAGAAGCUACAGAAGGAGUUGGAGGAGAACUUUUUCCAGAACCAACCUCCUUCACUCCGCAGAACUGUAGAGUUUGUUUCUGAGAGGUUGGCCAGCAAUAUCAUCAAGCUUGUUAGGGGAACCCUGGUUCCAGAAGUGAGGGAUUCAGUGUUUACUGAGAUCCAACAAACCUUCAAUACACUGGAGUCUCAGGAUCUGGAGAAGAUGAGCAACGAGAGUGUGAAGAAAGUUCAGACCGGGGUUCUUAACAUCAUCAAAUCUAAGGGUAAAAGUGAAGCUGAAUCCCUCCUAGAUAUUCUUAUUGCGGGAGAUAUCGAUCCUUCUGCUAAGAUGACCUGCAGCUAUGUGGUAUUGAGGAACCUAGAGGAGAGAGUGGAUGUCUGGAUCAAGCAGAAUCUCACAAACAUAUUCUUCUUUAAUGAGUUCAAUUCAGAAAAGCAAAGAUUGCAAAAGCAAGAAGAAAAAAACUGUGGAAGAGGAAUUGAUAAAUCUGAACUUCUGGAGAAACAUGACCCUUCAGCUCCGACCCCUUCAUCCGUCAUGAUCCAGCUCAAGCAGGAUAUCAUUCAGAUCCUACUCAACCAAUCCUGGAACCAGGAGACUUGUUCUCAAACUCUGGAGAACCUUGAAACCUGUCUCAAAAACAGGAUGGAUUUGACUCCUGUAGGUGUUCUAGGUCUAGGGUCUUUAAGUGUUGACUGGAUUCUGAGCCUGAUCUCUGGAUACCCGGAUACAGUUACAUUAGACCUCGUUUCAUCCUUGCUCAGGGUCUGGAGAUUGAUUACUCCGAUUCAGAUCCUUAAUCUUGUUUCUCCCACCUCUCUCACUAUCCUGGAGCAGUCUAAUAACUCCGACCAGACCUGGGAGAAGAUGGAACUACUGUUGAAAAUAGUUCUAAAGGAAAAGCUUCUACCCAUCCUAGCUCUUGAAGAUUCAUGUAUUGAUCUUAUUCAGCAGGAAUGGGAGGGAGAAAUACUGAGUAGGGUUGCAUCGUGUCUGGAGAGGAUUGCAGGAGAAGAAACAUGGGACGGAGGAAUGGAUUGGGUUUUAUGGUUUACUCAGAAUAUUAGUUCCUCUGACAAGGACUAAUGGAGAAGGAUCAGUAGAAAAGAGAUGAUAUAUAUUUGUGAUACGGGUUUAUUGAAUAUCAAUCAGUUUACUUUACAUCAUUUAUCGUUAAUUAUUACAUUAGAAAGUGCUGUGAUUUAAGUGUUUAAAUAUAUUAAUGAACAGAAAUACUGAC